GGGCUGUAAGGCAGUCAGGUUGGGCUUCCCAAUGCAAACUAUUUUCUCGGAUAUCUACAUCGGAAAGCAGAUCCAGAGGCAAACAAUUUGCAUCACUAUGGUACUGAAGAACGGGGCAGAGGAUAAUGGUUUGCACUAUUUAAUUUAUUCCCAAAUACUUAAUUUUACCCCAUAUUUUCUCCUUUCCAAACUUGUUCAUGGUUACUUACUUAAGUCCGAAGAAGACAGUGUGCAUUUCUCCUACGUAAAAAUUCAAAGGAAGUUCAGAGGAUGAAAGUAUUGAAACGUCUCCCUCUUUUAUUGGGGUGCUGGACUCUUUUAUACCUGAACUUCGUCUCAGUGUCUACGGGCCUUACAGGCGAGGCACAGCGCUCAGAAGGGAGACCAGGCACUCACACAGACGCAGACCGAAGCGGGAGUACUGCACUGUUAAUGGUGGGGAGCUAUGGUGCUACGGGUGGAAAGUCUUCCAGUGGAGCAAGGAUCACACGGAUCCGAACUGGACCCCCACUGAUAAAGGGCGAGUCCUCCAAAGCGCAAUCUGUGACAUCAGUGACAAACGCAAAGAGGACCGCUAACUGGGUGGACAGUCGCGCUGUAGCACCUAUCAAUUUGGGACGCAGGGAAGCUGCGCGUUCUUGGGUACCCGGAGAUGGAAGCCGAACUGUCUCCGGUGGCGCAUCUUCCCCCGCGGCACUAAACACUCAUUUGGGAAAGAAUGCCGCCACACAGAGCAAAGGCAGGGCGAGUGCCAGGACAGUACCGGCUGCCGGGCGAACGGGACAGAUGAAGGCUGUGGCUGCACAGAGAGGAUUCUCUCCCUUGGCGCAAAGAAGCUCUAAAGUCUCAGCAAAAACAACUGAAAGGGACCUUCCGAAGCACCCACUGGUGACACCGCAUGAUUAUAUGCUGUCGCUAUAUUGGUCGCUAUCAACAGGGGAAGUGAACUCUAGUGUUUUACAUGAAGCUGGACUGGCCAACACCAUCACCAGUUUUGUUGAUAAAGGACAAGACGACCGUCUCCCCCAGCUGAGGAGACAGAGGUACUCUUUCAACAUCAGCUCAUUGGAAAAAGAGGGUCUGCUCGGUGCUGAGCUCCGCAUUCUCCGCAAGCGUCCGACCGACCCCCGCAAGCACCACGCCUCGGGCAGCCCCGUCAGCCUGAGGCUCUACACCUGUGCCGCAGGUAAGCAGAAGGCCUCCCUGCUCCAGGCGCGCGCCAUAGAGGACCACAGCAUCUCCAAAUGGGAGGUGUUUGACAUCUGGAAACUGUUCAAGAGCUUCAGGAACAUGGCGCAGGUCUGCUUCGAGCUGGAGGCCGUGGAGCAGGGGCGUGGAGCUGGGGACCUUAGAAAGCUGGGCUUCGCCCGCGUUGGUCGGCAGGCCAAGGAGAAGGCGUUCUUCGUGGUUUUCAGCCGCACGAAAAAGCGCGGCCUGUUCUACAACGAAAUCAAGGCGCGCUCGGGCCAUGACAACAAGACGGUCUACGAGUACUUGUUCACCCAGCGGCGCAUGCGCAGGGCCCCACUGCCCCGGGGCAAGAAGCCUGUCAAGAGCCCCAAGCCGCGCUGCAACCGGAGGCAGCUACACGUCAACUUCAAGGAGAUGGGCUGGGACGACUGGAUCAUUGCCCCACUGGAGUAUGAGGCCUACCACUGCGACGGUGUGUGCGACUUCCCCAUCCGCUCGCACCUGGAGCCCACUAACCACGCCAUCAUCCAGACCCUCAUGAACUCCAUGGACCCCAGGUCCACACCCCCAACCUGCUGUGUGCCCACUAGGUUGAGCCCCAUCAGCAUCCUCUACAUAGACUCAGCCAACAAUGUUGUGUACAAACAGUAUGAGGACAUGGUGGUGGAGUCCUGUGGAUGCAGGUAGCGAGCCAUACAUACAGUCACAACUGACUGGUGAAUGACUGUUGUCCUUCUCUCUCCUUGCCCACAGUAGAAGAAAAAAAGACAUGAGUUUGACAUGAGACAUUUUAAACUUCAAAUCCACUUAUGCUUUUUUUUAGGGCACUGGACUUCUCUUGUCUCUCUUAUCGUUUCCUCACUUACCCGAUGAGGCGGGGAGGCGAGCCCCCAGGCGGCCUCUCACUUCUGGUGUCAAGCGGCGCGGGCACGAGCCGCUCCAGGGACAGUGGCAGGUGGGGAGUUUGACUGUACUGCCCUUGUACUGCCCCAGUCAAACUCCCUGGGCCCGUUUGACACCAGAAGUGAGAGCCCGCUGGGGGCUCGCCUCCCCGCCUCACCGGGAAAGUGAGGAAACGAUAAGAGUAUAACACUCGGUAUAUGUGUAAGCUAAAGAAAGUGACUCUUAUUAUGAUAUACUAUAACAGAUUAUCAUCUGUUAUUAUGGUAAACUGAAAAUCCUGAAUGACUAAAGAAAGUGGCAGUAUUCUGAGUAGCUGUGGACACUUACGUGGAAGAUUUAGGAAGUUUGAAGCCACUGAGUCAGCAGAUCUUGGCCAUGUGUCUGCGCCAUGUUGACAGCUAAUUUGAUAGAAUGCAUAUACUGUAUGUGAAAUGCAUAUGUAAAAAAAAAAGCUGUUGUGUACUUCUCAAAGCAUCAUCUAUAAAUCUAUUUAACUUGGUGUCUGAGUGUACAUGUCACCCACCAUUUGGUCACUGUCGGAGGAAAUCGCCUUUUAUGGAAAAACAUUUCAUGCUCUUACUUCAUAUAAUGGAAAACAUUACAGUGCUUUGGACCAGUGUUCCAUAUCGUCACCAGAGGUUAGCCGCACACCUGUUUUCCUCACUUUUUAAAGCACUUGGACCAUGGGAAGUGUACAUCUGUAUGUCGUAGUCCAAAUCACUGUCACCUAGGUAACAAUGGCUGUGGAUCAAGUUCUCUCUUGUCUCCAUUACUCAUCAUGUGCUUCUCUUUCAAUCAAACACAUUCUGUUAUAAAAUGUAGCUUCGGUUUUGCCAACUGAGUAAUGUCAGUUGAUGUCAGUUGAGUAACAAAUAUACUGUGUGUUAAGAUUGCAGAAGUUAUCUCUGACAUUUGUCAUCACCCCAGGUUUUCUCUGGCAGAGUAUUAUUUUUAUCACAGGAAAAGGCCAGUGAGUGGACCAUGGGACAUUUGUGUAGCUCCAAAUUAGCUUCCUUUAUGUUUCACUGGCUUUCAACUGUGCACUGAAUGAAUGAAUGAAUGAAUGAAUGAAUGAAUGAAUGCCCAUGGCAAUAUCAUCUCAGUCACAUCUUGUGUUGAAGACAAAGACAAGAGGAACAAAGAAGUGAACUGUGCUGAUAUAUCAAUUUACAGGAAAGAUGUUGCAUCACAACACACUCUGUUUGAAAUACUUGAUCAUUGGCUGUGGAGAAUAGGCUUUGUGUGUAACUCCUCAGAUGUUCUGUUGGGAUCCAGUUAUAACUAGUACUGUAUGCGGAAGCAGAUUUGACCAAGGUCUCAAGAUGGUGUGUCUUGUUUAAUGUUUCCAAUGAAAUCAUUAUGAUAGUUAUGAUUUAGACCAAUACUGACUGUCAGAAUAAGGCUUAUGUUCAGGAAUCUUUUUUUACUAUCCAGCACCAUUCUCUCAAUUUUGAAAAGACAUUUGCUGCUAUUAAUUUGUUUCUCCUGUGUCCAAGAGACAAGGGCAUGUGUCAGACUCCUCCACAUACAGUCAAGAUUCACAGAGUUAUGGUAUAUCCAUGUUUCCUAAAUAAAAAGACAUAUCAACAAGUGAUUUCACUCAACAGUGGUUCUUCUGAACUUGUCCAAGUGAGUGGAUUUAUGUACAUACAUUCCCAUAGAGUCCGUCCUAAUGCGAUUAUGUUCUAUGGAAUAUGUGGAAUUCUUCUUUCAUGAAAGCUGAAGUGUCUGCGCUACCAAACGCACAAAUUGUUUAAAGUAUUUUGUUUCAUUUGUCACUGUAAGUGGCCCUGUAUUGUGGCAAGGUGUCAAACUGCAUUAAAUUGUACAGGAUCAGAUGACAUCAAAAAGUGGUGUUGUGUUUCUACACAUAAUUGGGAACACGUGCUCAGUCAUAUUCCAGGGCCAUUUUUUUUUUUGCAGAGUAACCUAAUUGAACACAACUUUAAUUGCGAACCUAUCCUGCUUUUCCACUCUGGUAUUUCAGGAAGCUGGGCAACAGUGUGUCUGUGCUAACAGGCUUCUUAGAGGACACCUAGUAACCCCAGUUCCCGGGACACUUACUUUUAUAGACUUUCUGUGGCUUUGUCCAGAAUGAGUGUUCCGUGUCCCAGAGGUCUCUCCUCCACAGCUUUGCAUUUUUGCUGGUUUAUUAUCAGAUCUGGCGCGGCUUCCCUGACCAGUGUUUAGCAUUUUGUAAAUGCAGUCUUAUAUUUCCUUGACAGAUGUUGGAGGAAUUUCACUGUGUUGCAGGCCAAUAUUUGAAAAAAGGUGGGCAAGUGAGUAAAACAGAGCGAGCAGGAGAGAGAGGCAGAGAGAAAAUGGGAGAGGCCGAGAGAGAGCGAGAGAGAGAGAAAGACAGAGAGAGAGAGGGAGAGAAAGACAGAGAGAGAGAGAGAGAGUGAGAGAGAGAGGGGAUUACGCAGGGAAAGAAACUCAGCAAAGGGUUUUAUCUGGCAAAGAGCAUGACACUCGCAUACUCAGUUGUAUUUCAGUUAUUCCGUGCCAGGAUCUUAAGGGGCACUCUGAACACAUGUAAAAGUUUUGAGACACACUUUACUCUCU